UUAUAAUUUAUAAUUACAGAUAUGUGAAAAGUGUUGAAAGUAAAUGAACAAUAUUAUAAAGUAUAAACGGAUCAUUAAUAUUAAUUUGAAUCUUUUAAAAGAACAUUAAAUGGUUAAUCCUCCUUUGGAAUUAUUCCAAAUUAUUUGUAAUUACACAAGCAUUACGGCUCAAUAACUGGCAUAACUUUGUUCAUAUGAAAUUUAUCAUAAAAUUUGCAAAGUUCACGAUAAUGUUUGCACUUACGUGUGUUCACGUUAUUUCCUUCAGUGACGAUUCUCUAUCGGCACGUUAAAUCGGUCACUCUCAAAUCCGAAAUCCGAGGAUCUAUCAUGUGUCCAACACUGUGUUGUCUCUGCAUCAGCCUUUCGCACAUUUACACAAUAUUAUAUAAUCCCUCUUUUCUUUUGGAAUUCCUUGACUCGAGCAUCAGUUUUGGAAGGCCAGGUGUGGAGUUCUAUGGACAACAUUCCGUCGAGAGCGGUGAGAAUGCCGUCACGAAGAUCGUCGCCCUGCCCAAUGAGGGUCGCGUGGUAUCCCUGUGUGACGAUAAUUCGUUACAUUUGUGGGAGAUUAAUGAAAAUUCUGUAGUGGAAACUAAGACAUUGUCGUUAGAAGGAAAAUUGAAGAAGAUCUCUGCGAUGUGUCUCGAAUCUAGUGGGGAACAUCUUUUGCUAGGAACUGAAGGAGGCAAUAUCUAUCUGCUGAACUUGAAGACUUUUGUCACACCGGAGAAUAUCAUUUAUCAAGAUGUUGUAAUGCAAAAGUAA